AUGGCCGCAUCGUAUGACGUGUCACACGAAGAACAGUUCUCAACAGACGCUAAGACGAAUGGGGCCGCAUUCCUACAACGAAUUGAGGAGCAGUAUGUCGAAGAAUUUGCAGAAGGCCGCGGCCGCUCGAUUAACGAUAGCAUGACUGCCACAAGCAGAUCUUUUCCGCAGAUUGCACCGGUAGCAGCCACGCAGUCCGCCGACGAAAGGCCGUGUUCGCGCAGAGGCCUUAAGAAAUAA